AGAGGGGCGGGCACGGCCCGGCGGGGAGGGCGGUGGCGGCGGGCGCGGGAAGAUGGCGGCGGCGGCGGCGGCGGCUGCCGAGCAGCAAAGUUCCAAUGGUCCUGUAAAGAAGUCCAUGCGUGAGAAGGCUGUUGAGAGAAGGAAUGUCAAUAAGGAGCACAACAGUAACUUUAAAGCUGGAUACAUUCCGAUUGAUGAAGAUCGUCUCCACAAAACAGGGUUGAGAGGAAGAAAGGGCAAUUUAGCCAUCUGUGUGAUUAUCCUCUUGUUUAUCCUGGCUGUCAUCAAUUUAAUUAUAACACUUGUUAUUUGGGCUGUGAUUCGCAUUGGACCAAAUGGCUGUGAUAGUAUGGAGUUUCAUGAAAGUGGCCUGCUUCGAUUUAAGCAAGUAUCUGACAUGGGAGUGAUCCAUCCUCUUUAUAAAAGCACAGUAGGAGGAAGGCGAAAUGAAAAUUUGGUCAUCACUGGCAACAACCAGCCUAUUGUUUUUCAGCAAGGGACAACAAAGCUCAGUGUAGAAAAUAACAAAACUUCUAUCACGAGUGACAUCGGCAUGCAGUUUUUUGACCCGAGGACUCAAAAUAUCUUAUUCAGCACAGACUAUGAAACUCAUGAGUUUCAUUUGCCAAGUGGAGUGAAAAGUUUGAAUGUUCAAAAAGCAUCUACUGAAAGGAUUACCAGCAAUGCUACCAGUGAUUUAAAUAUAAAAGUUGAUGGGCAUGCUAUUGUGCGUGGAAAUGAAGGAGUAUUCAUUAUGGGCAAAACCAUUGAAUUUCACAUGGGUGGUAAUAUGGAGUUAAAGGCGGAAAACAGUAUCAUCCUAAAUGGAUCUGUGAUGGUCAGCACCACCCGCCUACCCAGUUCCUCCAGUGGAGACCAGUUGGGUAGUGGUGACUGGGUGCGAUACAAGCUCUGCAUGUGUGCUGAUGGGACACUCUUCAAGGUGCAAGUAACCAGCCAGAACAUGGGCUGCCAAAUAUCAGACAACCCCUGUGGAAACACUCAUUAGAAGAACCCCAGAGGUCACCAACUUGUUUAUAUCUUGACUUGACUUUUUUAUGCAUGCAAAUCAUUGUUUUUACAGAGUUUGUAAUAACUCAUAAUUAUUUUAAUGGCACAGCAUUGCUGUAUAUGUUUUAUGAUCUACAUAGUUAAAAUCUUCUCAGAGAGCCUAAAUUCUAAUACAUUUUAUUAAUUUACGCUGAUCUUCAUAUUGAUUGUUCCCUAAAAUAAUUAUGAGAAACAAAUGAAAAUUCAUGUUUAAA